AUGGUUAUUUUAUUUUACAAGAAAAACAAAGUUCUCGAGAUUUUCAUUGAUCGCCUCUCAUCAAUACGACAGGAGAGUGUUAUAACAAAAAUCCUUUUGUCCAUCGACUGGUGCAUUGAAAAGGAGUACUUCACUCCACUGUCUGUUUAUUUUGGUUUCUAAUUCAUUUGUUUAGUGACAUUGCGAAUCGUUUGCUCUCGGAAAAACUCAGAGUGGAUAAUCCGGAAUACUUUAGAUGCGCAUACAAAUUCAUCAUCAAGCUUGCGUUCUAUAUAGAUUACAAGGCAAGUUUUCGGUCUUUCUGGUGACGUCUGCAGGGUAACCGCCAGCUGUUUAACAAGCUAAUCGAAAAGUCUGGUCAGUUUCCACCGUCUAUUUGCGGCUCGUCCGUGAGUCGUGCUAUUUGGCCUGCAAUUGACGUAAGCCACUGUCUAAUGCAUGAUGCUGUCAGUUUUUUCAAGUUCUACUUUGUCGGGAAAUCAACCUUUUACCAGCCUAUCUGGUCAUGUAUGAGUUGAAGACUGCUUUUCCCCGAGAGGGUACUUCGAGGCCACAUCCGGUAGGCAGUGUUUCCAGAAUCAGUUUACACUUUAGUGCAUUCAAAAUGAUGUGGAAAAGUUCAUGGACAGUUUUGCGCCCGCAACAAGACUAAUUUACUCAUACUGUAAGUAACUGUGCCUCACCUCGCAUGCCUUUUCUGUUGCUAGAUUUCUAAAGCAAUUUUCAUUUUAAAAACUACGAUACAUGUUCAUUCCUAUUUAAAACUGGCACAAUUAAGUGGUGCUUUUGCUUCCGGCAACUAUUAUGUGCAAUUACGUUUUUAUCGACAAAUCUUUGACGGGACAGUUGCAACUGUGCUUGCAUUACCUACGUUGAUGGGGCUUGGUUUCACAAAGAUAACAUCAGAAACGCCUGCCGAUUUUCGUGACCACCCACCACCACCUCUUAUGAGCAAAAUGCAUAUCGAAUAGAUGACGUUUAUUAUUAUCGCAAAUUAAGAUAGUUUCCUAAAUCCUAUGAAUUUCAUUGAUAGUAUUUUGCUGGUAUUUUUGACUAAAUUUUAUCGCCAGCUAGAUAGUACAGCUGAAAUCUGCAAAUUCAGGUGCGUGCAUGUCCCCGAGUCUCAUCGGUAAAUGAUUGUUUAUUAAGUGGGAUUGAAUAAAGGGUCUAUAGGUUGACCGCACAGUGAUGUCAGUUCCGCAUAAGAAUUCUGCACCCAGUCGAAUAUUUGCAAACGACGUUUGCGGAGUUAAGCCUUUUUCCAAGUAAAUAUGUAUUCUGUUCAACCAGGUCAACCACUAUUAAGUCCCUAUUUACAAAAAGUCGAACAGAAAUUCAAGUAACUUGUUGAACAAGCACACCCGGGAUGGUUGAUUUUCUUACUGUUUCGCCACCGCCUUUUGCGGUGUCUGUGGGACUGACAACUGCUUACGUUGUAAAUCAUAAUUUCUUUAUAGUGUUGUUUAGUUUCUGUGAGAUUGUUAAGUAUGGCGGCUCCUCUUCCCUUCCGUUAGGUGGUCUUGCUAUCGGUCAGUAUCUAGUACAUUUUCUUACGUUCAGUAUGGCGUCUUAUGCUGAUCCUUUCGUAACUAAUGAUGCGGGACUUUGUACGCCGGCGUUAUGUGUAUACACCUACAGAUGGAUUCAUCAUCUUAGCAUCAUGUCCCAAAUCUGUCGUUCUGUCCUUGGACCGCCUCGGCCUAAUAUGGACAGUCCAUUAAUCUCAAAUCUGUGACCAGUUUUUCCAGAACUCAUUCGAUCUUCGGGUCUAGGUGUGACCUCCAUGUUGUCAAUUUUGUGCAGUUAGACCGGCCAAAAGGCGAAGGCAACGAACGAAUAACAUCUAUCAUCUCUAGGCCAGCUGGUUUGGCAAGUCAUUUGAAUUUCCGUCCAGCUUAACCUGUGUUACUCUUUGGUCGAGAUGUCCUGGCCAAGACAUCCGAAACGUCAGAAUUCCAUUAAAUCUGUUUCUGUGAACCCUUCCUCUCCGUUUUGGCGAAUCACUUCUCUUACUAAUGUGCCCAUUCUGCCAUAGGUAAAUAUUGCAACUCCAUAUGGUUAUGGAUAUUUCAUCUGUCGCUCCCAAAUCCGUCACACUCACUAUUGUUUUCUUUACGGCGAUUCGUUCAUUUCGGCCGCUUACGAGGAGCAUUGAAUCUGUUUCAGCAUGAGUAUAUAGAGGUUGAUCUUGUGUUAUUUAUGUCAGGGCUUUGAGAACUCUCAGCCGAAAUAUCUGCUGAAGGCCCGUUUAUAAAUAUUUUCGUUGCCUCCGGAGGGUGUCAAGUGAACUGCCAAAAUACUAUAGCACAUGUUGGAUGGCCGUCAUCCAUGAUAUUAGCAUAAAAACUGGGGCGAUUUAAAUGCUUACAUUGUAUCGCCGAUUUUCGUAAAAUAGGGCAUAGUUCUUGACGAUACCUAAUAAUACCCAUUGCCUUCAACGCAUAAUGCAAUGAGGACCCAGGAUAAGUCCUUAUUAUGGAAAUAGAAGUAUGAGUAAGUAAGGAAAUAAGGCUUUUAAAUUCGACCUAAACGAUGGAAACGCCAACUGCAAAAGAUAUUACGGAACACAUCAGUGUUCAUUCACGCGGAGGGAGGCGAAAAAAUUAUGCUCACAGAGACUUAUAGGUGAUAUUCGGUAUGAUACUCACUGGUAAGGAAAGUUUUCUGCUCUCUAUUGACGUGACAAGUUAGUUGUCACCUAAUUCAGCGCUAGACUCAACAAACAUCAUGCUUGCAAAGGAGUCCCUCGUGGAGCUCUGCGAACCCUCUGGUUUAAUAGUCCUCCGAUCGCCCAGGUGGCGAUAAUUUCAGAAGUUAUUCGUUGCUUUUUACGUACACCCUGCUGCUAAUCAAUGGAGAUUUUCCGAAUAGAAUUUUGUGGGCUUUUUUAAAGCCCCUCUAGUCACACAGGCAAUGGUACCCCGAAGCAGCGAUCUGUGCGCCCCUUACACGUUCUGACUAGUGAAAAGUAAAUAACCCCUGGUGAAUGCGGCGUCUCCGGUCGAAAUCCCACGUCUUCUUCGCAUUUGAAUAUGGACUGACGAACAAGACAGGUACGGUCGUACCUGUUAUGCAACUGUCGAACAAGGGCAUUAUAAUUGAGAGUUUUGAACCAUUUUCGUCUUUUCUUCCAGAUAUUAGUCGUUUACCGAUUGUCCACCACGGAGUGGCCGUACUGGUGUAACACUUCGCCGGACUCACACUGUACGCCCCAAACACCAAGGUUCCAUAGGUGCUCAGAAUUAAUUGCGUUCCAAAAGCUCUGGAUGUUGCGCCGGCUUCAAGUCCUAGAAAGGCUUCUCAGUCAGUUAUUUUAUCCACUUCAUGUCCAAAAUUCCAUGGAAAAUGUCUGCAGACACCACUCUCGGAUUUUCUGGGACAAAUAUCAUUGAAUGUCAUCAGUGACAUCUGGACCAUUUGACAUAUUGACAUAUAGUAAGACUACUGGGAUUCACAUUCGCCAUCUAAUUCUGUGCAAAAUCAUAAAGGGUUUCUUUGUGGACACAAGGGGAUCCCAUCUAAUAUUUCGAAGCUUUGAUUUAAAAAGUCAAACCUUCUAGCCGGCCUGUUUCAUUAAAAGUAACAACAGGAUAUCACCUUUCGUUACCCAAACCCGCUUGACUUAUGGUCCUGUUAGCUGCAUUGUCUAGUCCUCCUUUGAGUUUUGACUAAAAUUCGACAGUAAAUUUUGCUGACAACAUGAGACUCGAGGUCGUUUAUUAUUCUAAGCCUUCUGGCUCUCGACAUCGCUGGAAAAAAUUGGGCUCCACUUUUUAUGAAUAAUCUCCCCCAUGUCCAUUUUCCUCCGUAUAUAGUCAAACAGUCAAUGGUCCCGAUUGCUGGUAUCACUCUGGCAACAUCUCCUGGCUUUCAGUUAAAUAUCGACAAUCUUACGUUUGUGUCUCUCAAAAAUGCAAAGCUGUAUCCUGCCAACAUGAAUACGAACCAGCUUCCGCUUCUGUGCAGUGUUCUUGGACAGCUGCGCUGUAGAGCUGUGGUCAUGGGAAUACUUGAAAAUAUUACGGCCAGCACUGUACGUGUCUCUUCUUUUGUUUGUUUUCGCAGUUCUUGUCUCAUCUCAUUGCGGCUACCUGCCGAACGUUUCCAAGGAAAUGCUUGUUACUUGACGUUUACCCGUAGUUCCCCAUGGUGUUGGUCAAAUAAUCCGAGCCUUUCCUUUUUUUCCUCGUUAGUUUCUCCCCCGUAAGUGUUUGGCCACUGCCUAACUUCCAGAAGUCUUUUUUCCGUAAAUUACUAUUGACUCCACUACCGGACGUGUGUAUGCAGUUAACUAGCAUGCACAGCUAGGUUUGUCACAAGGACUGAUUUCGCAGGUUUUGCAAAUCUAACACCACUUUUGGGAAAAUUUUUACCGCUAAAAAAGGAGACUGGCACAACCAUUUUGGCUUACUUGACGUCAACUGUCAGUGAUACCCCAGGCGCUGGCUGCUCGCCCGAAGAUUAGCUUCGAGUCAGUUGGUAAUUCGAGCAUAUUCUCGUCAAUGAUUUAACGAGCGCGCGCGUCUUGUCGACUGAAAUCGGAACGCUCGGAAUGCAUUGAUCGACAGAUGCACUCUGUAAGACCGACAGGGCAACGGGCUCGUGGCCCAGUGGUUAGAGACGUGGACUUCUAACUAAUAGGUCGCGAGUUCGAGCCUCGGGUGUUCCACACUUCGGGGUUGAGUAUUACCGGCUGACGACGGCUAGUAAGCCAGAAACGGCCAUUCCAGUCUCCCUUGUCUUUGCUGGUAAUGUCAUUCUGUCUAUCUCAUGAGCCGCUGUGCGGCUGCUGGUUGGGCUCGAGAGAGUGCCCAUAAGACACAACGGAACGAGUGAGUUCCGUAAGAACGACCGGUGAGCGCCCCCUACCACAAGAUAUCCCUUCGUGUUGAAUUGUAAAGAACUCGAAUUGGUUACGUUUUUGCGUCUAACCCGACUCUUCUGCUGACAUGUCAGGGCCAAGAGGAGAUAGAUCUCUUAAAAAUCACAUAACCUGUUCCACCGACUCGGGAACUGCUUGUGAUUUCGCGGCUACGUUUGGCAGAUGAUGGCAAUCUGUCCUUAGGAGGCCUCGUCCAGCUCCUUUUUGCUUUACGGUCGCGGAGCAUGGUCUCUUCGCGCCGUCGGCUUGUUAAAAAUGGAGGAUCCUGGCCCCCCAACGCCUUCAGAUAAUACUGUGAAUUACUGACAUCCCCCGCUGAGAAUGCUCUUGAGGGCUGUCGUCCCAGACCCCCUGCCUAUACUGACGUCCUGCUUGUGGUGAAUAACCUAAAAUUCGAUAAAUUUGAUAGGCGUACCGGGUCGAAGGGCUUUCGGUGGUUGACAAGGCAACCCCAAGGAUAUAACUACUGCCGAGGACCUAGCUGACGGUCGCAAGGCAUGAGCCACACCAGUCAGGGGUGCCGUAUACUUCGACGUCGGUGAGGUCGCCAGUAUGACUCUUUAUUUGCCUUUCAUCUUUUGCAGGGACGAGUCUUUCUAAAAUAGGGCAUCUCUAAUUGCCUGUUUUGGGUACAUACUAACAGACGAUCGGAAGUCUAACAUUUUUCAACACAUUUCCCCGCCUUCAUUCAAGUUUCGUCACAUACAUGCUCAUCGUUAUCAUGGUCCGCGCAAAUCUGUUGUCUUCCCGUUGAUUAAAAAAAUAUCAUCCUUAUUCCAUCUAGCCGCAGCAGCGGAUGAAUUCGCGCGGACUGGAGGUCGCCCUGCCCAACUUGAUUGUUCAACUGAUGGAGAUCACGGAGAAGCAGGAGAAACUAGAUUGGGUCCUAUCUACAUUUGAACAUCUCGCCGACGUUGUUGUCCAGUUUGUCAGCGAUUGCAAUAUACAUCUGAGUCAAGUGCUCAUUGACCUGAAUUCGAAGGUAGGGAGAGGUUGUAGAAUGCUCACUGUAUCUUGAAAGAUGAUGAAAGUUUGCAUUUUUGUCACAGCGGACAGUGAGAUCAUGUACUGCUCUUAGACGAUCACUUUACGCCAAUGCUAAUAAACGUUGAUUCCUAAGUAGUACAGUUAUCAGAUAGGCUCUCAUCGUCCGGGUUCGCGGGAAGCUGAUGGGUAAGUCCAUUCGUCAUGCGGUGAAGUGGGUAACAUCAAACGAGUUUUUGCCGAUUAUCGAGGCGAGAUGGAACCACGUUCGGAUUUAAAUAAAUGGAUUAUUAAAGCUGUUGGCCACAAGCUCUUAGGGGCACGGCCGUUCACUGAGCGCUCAAGCCGAGUCUGUACAUUUCUCUUCCCAGCUGACGUGCCGUAGUUCACCGCGUCUUUGAUUUCAUGACAAGUAAAAACUCGAUCUAUCAGCAUACUUCAUCCUCCCGCAAGUAUUCAAAUACUGCAUUUGGAAGCAUUCGAGUCUAGGUAAACUUUAUUGCCACUUUUCUGGACUGUCUGUUUAUCUGCCCUACGUGUACCAGCAGUGUUAUCGGAUCUUAAUGCCUGCACACGCAGUUUGCGUGAGCUACUGCAAUUGGCUGUCGAGUUUACUUACCUACUUGAAAUGUUAAGUGUUAAACAUUAUUUCGGCAAUUCCUCAUUGGGAGGGUUCGAUUCUAACCUUUGCUAGUGAGGCUUUUCACUUCCGUACCGAAGACAACUUGUCAAUGGCUCCCGCCCUUACCGGUGAGUCACUGACUAUGAUGCCUUUAGCUUGGUCCUCAUCGUGAUCGUGAUCAUCGUCUUUGAGAUAUACUGGUCGCUGGUGAGAUAUGGCACAGGGAAGCAACCAGUAGCUCUGGGCCUUACAGCAGUUAAGAAUACUUAAGUUGGCCGCCAGAGAAUUCUCGAAGUCGGCUAGGUUAGGCGUGGUGGAUUAGGCCUGAUUUCCGGUGAGUGUCAUUUACGCACAGUGCUCGAAACCCAGGCGAACCUGCCAACCAUAUGGUGGCGUUACUAAUACUAGCAAUCUUAGUGCAACCUGAUGUGCAUUUACUCACCAUAAGCAAGCUGACGCGCCUUUAAACUAUCACGAUUUCCCAUGGCCAGCUAGCGGGAUAACUCGGUCCUCCCAGGACAGAAAGCCAGGCGACAGUGGCUCCUUCUUAAGGUGAUCUCUAUAGCAGUCCCGCUCGGACGAGAUCCGGGCAGACUAAUUUGUGUUUCUGUAGCUACGCAAAUGCCUCAUCGCAUCAUCUGUUCAACAAAAAUAUGACUGCCGUGCGCGCUACUAGCAUACAAUAAGUAGGAUUUCGGUGACUCGCAACCACAGAAGAAUUUGGCGAAGUGUUUAGUCUCAUUAAUGCGACGUGUUUAGUGAUAAUAUUGACGUGCUUUAUUGCCUGAACCUAACUAUUCUUUCAUCCCCCUUUUCUAGCUUGCCGAUCGUCGAUGGCCGAAGUCGCGAAACUACGUCAUGUGGUUUGCACUCAACAUUACGUCUGGUUUCAUUGAAAAAAACAAGGUGAGACACUUAUCUAACUACCGAGCUUUCUAAAUGAUUCAAAAACUCCAUCAAAAGAUGGGGCGCUGGGGCUGGGAUUUGGGAAGCUGUCGUCCCUUGGCAAUUUUAUGGACCAACAAACUGCGAUUUUUUGACAUCAUGGAGGUCUGUUGGCCUCGUGGAGCUCCACCAAUUUAAAAUCGGAAAAUACGAUACGUAUCUCUAGAAUUUCGAUUAAAACUGUCUUUAAGUAUUUUUAGGAGGCUAAGGUCACAAGGGAAAUCCCGAACCAGAAUGUAACCGCAUUAGAAGCCUCCUUAAAUGUGUCGCUUUCAACAUUCUCUGCGAAGUAUACUGAUGCCCUAAGAAUGUAAUCCUAUUUGACACAAUUUAGAGAUAUAUAAGUUUGCCAUACAGUAACCAAAAGGAGACAUACGACUUGCGGAUUGAUUACUAUAAACGAAGUUGUCUGUAAUUUCUGAUAACUAUAGACCUGAAAAUUAUGAGUACGAACCUUACGAUCCUGAGAAUGGACUUCUUUGUGGUAUGGUGGAAUGAGUCUGAGUGGACAGAACUAGAGACACUCCAUGAGUUUUCUUGUCACCAGGAGGUAGGCCACCAGUAUAUAUAUCUGCAACGACAGAGGAUGGCAGGUGGCGAGGCACUGAUGAACUUCGGUUCGAUGAAGUGCUUAUGACCUAUUUGGUAGACCCCAAUGGUGGACCAGUUGCGCCAGGUGUGCCUGUGCGCUUGUUUGUGUUUCUGGUCCCAGCUAGUGGUCAGGGUUAUGGCUGACUGAAUGAAGGCAAACAAGCCCGAAACAGUGCUGUACCAAUCUAUCCCCCAGACUCUGUCGCCUCCCCUCUGCUAUCAUAGCUUGGCCGACCUCGGCCUGGUAGGUGGUUGCCUGUUCGUGAUCCUAUCGCCUAUACGAAGCUUGUUUGCUUCGGGAAGUCGAUGGAUCGGUGUGCGCCCACUCCUGAGUGGAUAUAUAUUUAUAUAUAUGGAUAUAGGGGAGCUAUAUAUUUUGCUUCAUCGGAGUUUCCGUCAUAGUGCCUGCGUCUGCGGGAAUGCGAUAAGGACAGUUAGACAGAACGAUGCACUCGCUUGCACUGUUCGUCUUUCAAACUCAUUGAAGACCUCUGCUGCCCGAUAAGGCGGCGGUGACUUGCUUUUACUUAAAGUUAUGGGACGGAAAGACUGCGCAUUAUCGAUCCCAACGCCUCUUUCUUCCGAUUGUCUGUCAGUGUUAAGGCCGAGUCAAGCCACCGGAGGAUAAGGUAGAGUGUUGUUAUGGUGUGCGGCCAACACUAUUUUGUAGGCCUUCUCGAAGUAGCCCUUACUGGAGCAGAAUGUUAGGACCCAUGUAACUUCAGCGCCGUCUAUUUUGGGUUGCUUGUACCGGCACUAUUGAUUUAACAAAAAAACCUCGAAAUAGGGCCAUCAUGACUUCUUCCCUGAGGUAUGCCACUCUCUCUCACCCACUGACCUGUUUAAUGGUACCUACUGGAUCGAUUUCAGUAGCUGUGAUUGCGUUUUCAUUAUGCUUCUAAAUUCACGCGCACGCUGUAUUACCUGUAUCAGAUUCAUUUUAUUGGUACUAUCAUGGGCAGAUUUGCACCGUUAACGAUGACAAUGAGGCUUACCCUAUGUCAAAUUUCAUAGAAGAGGUAGUUGUCAACCGUGCCCACAUAAUCCACAAUUGUACCUACUGGCUUGAUUUCAGUAGCUAUUAUUACGUUCUCAUUAUGCUUCUAAAUUUGCAUGCGUGCUGUAUUACCUGUAGCAGAUUCAUUGUGGUGGUACUGUCCUCGGCACCGUUAACGAUGACAACGAGGCUUUCCCUACAUCAACUUUCAUAAGAAGAGGUAGCUCUUGACUGUCUCAUUCAUUUUACAGGUACUAUCUUGAGCGGAUUGGCACCGGUAACGAUGGCAAUGAGGCUUACCCUUUAUCAACUUCAUUAGCAGAGGUAGCUUUCGACUGCCUCAUUAUUUGCGGAUUUUCUCUUCCGCCCAAACCAAUUUUUCGCAUAAAAGUCUUACCCGGCUUGCGUUGUGGCGUUCCGCGUGCCGCUGCCUGACUCUCGUGUUCUUCUGUCCAUUAUGUUGGAUGGAGUUUUAUCGCACACACUGCGGAAUGACCUUCGGACCAGUUGCCUUCUUCCCAUUGGUUGUUCGCCUUCACUUGCUUUUCUUUCCAAUCUGAGGCUAGGAUGCAUUUAUUCCGCACACCGUUCAAAGUCUCCUUGCUCAUUUCCAUACCUUCCUUGUAUUUUCACCUAAUCUAAAUUAGGCUUCCACUUUACCAGGAGCGUCAAUUCCUAGCAUAUUCUACAAUCGCCAAUUACCCGUCCACUCAAUUGUCCCACCCGUAUAGCCCCUAUUACCACCGGUCCCGAUUGACAGGCAGCUUUGAGUUUGCGGUGUCAGGAGGGCUACCAACUAUCAUCUAACCGAUGUUUUGUAAAUCUUCAUUCGUAUACCCUCAAAACGUGCAGGCUAUCGUUGCCCUCCCCCCGAACAGCGGUGGCUGUUGUCACUUUGCGAUGGACCACUUACCAUUCUGGUCACGCCCUAUAAUUUUGUCUAAUGCAAAUAUGUUCCUAGUCAAUGGAGAAAGACUGCAGUAUAUUAGCAUGCAUGAAAUCUGAUAAUUCUUGAGAGACCAUGCCUCUUUCAGAAUUCCUUCUGAAGCUUUAGCCUGUGCAUAUGUAUAUUGUGUUUGACUGUCUGCUUACGACACUCCUUUCGUCUGUCGUUUUUGUCAGUUGACCGACUUUGUGCCCUGUCUGCGCCUCUUUGAUAUCCUCUACCCCGAGGCAGAGGAUCUCCAACUAGUUGAUUCCUGCGCCGGUGAACCGCCCCGCGCCAAGAGGCCCCGUCUGGCCUCCACCGACGACGAUGACGAGGGCAGCGGAAAUGCAGAGGACGAUAGCAAUGACGCCUGCUGGCUGGAUGAGGCAUUCUCCUCGGAGGAGAGUGAAGACUCAGACGAUGAAUUCGCCUUCUUCAGUGCCCAGCUAUCCGGAGAACUUGAGGAGGAUGAUGAAGGUUCGAAAAUGUUCGUAGGCUCUGUCUUCUGUUGGUGCACUUUUUGCGCCAGGUCACUGAGUGACUUCGACAAGCAGUCCCAACUACCUGCGACGACCACCGCUACCACGCUGAUCCAUUUCCAGUACGGACUCCCACCUGGAAAGCUCAGGCAGAUGUUUCGGUGAUAUUCCGCAACCGCGCAUCAGCGGGUCACUGUGCAGAUCUGUUUGCCGUAAAACGGGCUACGCGGUAGAUGCGCUGGACCAACACGAGGGCCACUUCGGAUUCUGGCAGGCGUCUUCGGGAAUGCACGCCCAUAACAUUCGGGGGGUGUGAUGGCAGACCCAGUUGCCGGCUCACGUCACACCAAUUGGGAUCCCUGUGGCCCCCAUGUUUGUUGUUGGUUAAAAUUCUGGUCAAACAUCUGUUCUGGACCAGGGAGUGUAAUGAUAGAACUAGAUGCGGGUCUUGCCGUUCCAGUCACCUGCGCCCCCUCCCGACUCCGGUCUUCUGAAUUAUGUCUCCAUACCGGAGAGUUUCAGUCCCCUUUUCGUUUUUGCAGAUUUCGACCUUACUGAAAUAGAGCAUCUUAAAUGGGAAGCGCUGCGUACUGACACAGUACUUUCUCCUUUGCUUGGUAACGUAAGCUAACCAUAACGGUAGCACCCGAUCUCGUGUAUUCAGCUCCAGAUAAGACGUCGUCUAUCCUGCAGCCAGGGUAAGGGUCCUUGGCUUAACUGAUGGGUGUUUAGUCUCAUCAAUUAACUGCGCUCAGGCGGAAGCUUGGAUCCUCCAGGCCUGUGUAGUUAACGACGCCGAGUAAAUCAGAAGCGGACAUUGUGGUCUCGCGUGUCCUUACUGUUUGCUUGUGGCCAUACGACCGUCCACGCAAGCUAUAGAUUGGAAAUUCAAGCUUAAUAGGAACGCCAGUAUCCCAGCCUCCAAUCAGGUCAUUCUAGCCUUGACGAAUUGAUUUUUGUUGCUGGUGGCAACGGUCGGUUGAUUGAAACGUCCAUAAUUCGGCCUUAUCUCCCACACCCACCCCCGUACUUCUAAUCUGCUGUAGAUGCAUCCACCACCACCACCACUGUGCAAUCGCGACCUCCGAGACGUCGCCGUCGCCGGCACACGGCCCAUCUGGUCGCGGCACCGGCCUGUCAGUGGCUGCAGGUUAUGCAAAACAGCCGUCUGCACAGGUCCCACCUGCCGCGUUCUAUGCCACCGGCUCUCAGUCCGCUGGAGUCCCAACUGUCCAAGUACUUCUCCUAUCUCACCAACGCCUCCGCCAGUGCACCUCCCAAUGACAUGGGCCAGCUAACCUGGUCGAAGCUACUUGUCACCCUAAAUGCCUGUAAGUAGCCCAAUACUCCUCCCGCCCCCCCCCCUUCACCUUCUCUCCAAUUUGGUGUCCGUCGAGGGGAACAGGACAACAACGAAAGCACGAGUUAGCGGUGUCUUGUGGCCAGGUUGUCCGCGCGAGGUGGUCGUGUCUUCUUAUUCCUAUUUCUUCUGCACAUUUUUAAAAUGAAAUAUGAACCCAUUAGGUGAUUCGUUUUUAACGUAACAUGGUUCCCUUGUUGGUUCUCCCUAAACACCAGGAGAGCUUGCACAUUUUUUGCGCGAAACGCGAACCGAGCUGAUAUGCAUACAUCACUGGCUCGCGUACAGCAGUCCUACCCGUCGAAUACUCGACAACUUGAUGAAGCGUUCUGCUCAGGUUCUUACUGUGUCCCAAAGAAAUUGGCUGACAUAGAUAGUAGUGGGCUUAGACCUAGGCUUGUCCCCGCCUAGUCCUCAUGCUUAUAACGAAGCUCGCAGGGUGGCUGCGAAGUAAGCUCUUCUAUUUAAUCCUGUCCGUACAUGGAAUUUAAAUAAAACCUCCUCAUUCAUUGGGUGGACGGCCUCAGCGACGCAGUUCCUUCUCAGAUGUGGCAUAUCCCAUAUUCACCCUUCGGCGGAUGCUGUUAAGUAAGGAGACAUAUAGUACAUCCCCGACAUAAGCAAGGAGCGCAACUUUGCUCUGUCCUGUAAUCAGGCCGCACCAGUGGUCACUUCACUUCUUCCUAUGCUGUCUGAUCGUCAUCACGUGUAAUUGUUUUGUAAAUCUCCUCUGAGUCAUUGCUUUCAACUCUUCUCUCCUUCAGACUCAGCAGAUGAGAGGUGCGGUGAACUGAUUGGUAUCCUAGUGAAGAACUUUUGGCCAGACACUCCACUCGCCACGGCGAACACCGAUGUGGCAAGUCACCCACAGAACGUUCAGCUCCAAAAAUUUGGGGGUCUUUUCGAGAAUGCACUCAUUCGCCUGCCCUAUGGUGUGGUUGCCAGUGGUCCCGUCAAACCCCUGCCCAAUCACCUAGUUCGCAUGAUGUCCAUUUAUCUGCGUUUCCUGUGAGUCACAGUACACCGCCCCCUCUCGUCCCUACCGUUAGUCGUGGCAGGAACUUGAGUUUUUUCGACAUCACAAGUAUAUACUUUCAUAUGUGUUAGUAAAUUAGAGUACUUGUCUGAUAGCCUACUGCAAUAAAAUUCAAAUUUGUCACUGUUAAGAAUACUACUGACACAGAAAUGUUAUACCUGUUACUCACACUGCCUGUACUUUUCCGGGUUCCUCCCAAAGGUCAGUUUGUGUGUGGUAAUGCUGACGAUGAUCAAUAUUGCCUUCUUCCUCUUCUUCUUCUUCUUCUUCCUCCUCCUCUUCCUCUUCCUCUUCUUCUUCUUCUUCCUCUUCUGCAUGAUCCCCAUUUAGGCGUUCCAGUGCGAUCGAUGCCGCUAUCGCAUCUGCCGAGCCAAAUAUUUUAGAGGAAUAGAUUAUGCCAGUGUUAAUGGCCUCUUGACGAGGUCCCUUAUCACUUGCCACCCAGCAGGUCCACUAACGCCAGCUUCAAGUUUUCAGUACUUGUAACGGCACUGGGGUUUCGAACGUUUAUCCUCGCCAUCUGUAGGAGACUUUUCUGCCCAACGUAGACAGUAUCCUCUGAGCACUCUGUAAAAGCCAUCGUUAUUAUGAUCAUCAAUGUAUUUUCUUAAUUGCUAGUCAGAUUUUCAUUUGACUGACACUUCUACCGUCUACACCGUCAGUACCUUGUCAGUCGGUUUAUGCAACUGACAUGACUAACUACGCGCGUUCCUCUUACCCUAGAGUAUUCGUCUCCCUAUUGGAAUUGAUCAACCUAAAAUCGGGACAAAUUGCGACGCCGGCCAGUCUGGAGACAUUCUGCCGUCUCUUCUCCGCCCAUGGUCUCCUCACUCAUCGGGCCCAGCCUCAGUGUAAGGUUCUGCAAUCUCUCCCCCCCCCCUGUGCCUCAGCCAUUUCUGAAUGGUUUUUGUUAGUUAGGAAGCUGGGCGAGAAUUGGAUAGGUAGUCCCACUGAGAAAAUAAACUACAGGGGCCCCUGUAAUAGGGCCAGGGUGUUAAUAUUAGUUUAUCAGUAGGGCAGACGGACGCGGCAAUUAAUGGAAGGCAGUGAAAAAUCGCAUGCCUGUCGUACGUUUGUUUUCUUAUUCCAUCAGAGCGCCGAAACUGACUGGACAAUUGGAAAUGGGCGAAUUAGAGACGUGUUAACGGCGGAAAACAGCCAGCCCAAGGUUGUUGCUCAAAGAAGGCUGGACUGGGUAAGAAGCCAUGCGCCAGGCAAACUCACCCUAACAGUGCACUUAAUAUUUCCCGGCCUGGACAGAAACGUGGCCAUAAUACAACAUGCCUACCUAAAUUUAAUGAGCAGACAAGUUAUCACGGUAAAAAAACAGGGCUCCCCCAAUGUCGCCUGAUGGCGGCAUAUAAGGGUUAUUUCGAACACGUAAAGUUUGCGCGGCCGGCGUAGACUGAAGGUAGAUAUCAGGUCUUUAACCGGUGCUGUUAUUUAGAUGACCGAGAGCUCCAAUAAUGUUGAGUUUAAUUAUGUUGGCUUCCUGCGAAAGUGCUAGUCCGCCAAGUUAUUUGCAGACAUGAAAUAUUGCCGAGACGGCCUCGCGACCUUUCAAGCUUUACUUUACUCACUGUCUGUUCUCUAAUUACGUCAGUCUUAAGCGUUCUAAUGAGUUACGCCCGAAGUCCUCGUCGCCGUCUGUUAUGCAAAGAACGCACGCCGAUCCAAUGAGUUACUGGGCGGAAAUGUACUCUCUAGUUUUUUUUUCUUAUUUCAUGAUGCCGUAAAAGAUGGUAUUCAUUCAACUGUACACGAGUAAGCUGGUGUCGCUGCUACUAUGAUUCGCCACCCUCCCCACUCCACUCCUCGAACUGUUUUCUGUUCAUGAGUAGGCGUCGUAUACCGCGCGAAAUCUCCUUUUCUAAAGUCUUAAUCGAGUUUGUCGAAGAAUUCGUGGUUAGGCGAUUGUUGUGGCCACCGAGGAUAUUAACGAUCAGUGUCUGCUAUUGGAGACGAGGCGAGACAAGCUGUUGCAAUUGGUAUCCUCGCUGACCUUGAAACUUAUUCGCCAACCCUAUUCCCGCAUACCACAAUCAUCCCUCUAACCGUGCGUAACCUACAUUAACUUGCCUACCCAGUAGCAUUUUCGUAAAGGUAUGGCCGCGUAUCCGGUCGUGGCCCUUCCGCGGGUGGCGAAUAAUGAAAUGCUUCUUUGACAUUCCACUACUGUUGGGCACUCGUGAAUGCAGUCGUCCAAAGCGGAUCUCCCGUGCUGCGUGGGUAUAACGCCACAGCAAAGAUUGGACUUCCAUAGGCGCCUGCGGUUGGCCGUCUGGUCAGUCAACUGUCACCAUGCCUGAUCUGCCUUUCUAUAGCUGGUCUGUUUGAAUGCCGUAAUGUUCACGACUGAAGGACCAGAAGAUUGUUGCCACCCAAUCGGCCACUGCCAAAGUGUUGUCACUAACCGGUCGAGGACGAGUGAGAGUGGAGACCUCCCAGAAGGAUAAUCUCAGACGAUAGGCUCGACGGAGCUCUGAAAUUACUUUGCGUUAAAUGUCCUUGUCUGCGGCGCGCAAAUUCGUGAAACGCGGUAGCCUGUCGGAAGUUUUUGUCCGUCUUUCCGCACACACCCUCUGUCUAGUCAUGCCCAUCUGUCUCUUUCUCCUGGACACAGUGGGAUCAAACGCUGCUAUGCAGACUCACUCGCCGUGCUUAGCCCAACAAGCACACAGAGACGAGGGGCUUCGAGUGUUUCCCAAGAAUCGUAGUCGGCUUUGAGCAUUUACACACCAUAGGACAAUUAGAUUUUUGUUCUUUUUUUACCUGCUGUUCUACUUGCUGUGGCAAAUCGGAUUUACACCUGACGUGAUCGUUCCUGUCCACGGCCUCCACACUCAUCGGGUCCAGUUACGGUGUGAGGUUUUGCGACCUCCCUCCACCGCCUUCCCACCGUGCUUCAGCCAUCUCUGAGCGCUCUUUGUUAACUAGAAAUCUGUCUGAUGGGGGGUAUAUAAAGGUUGUCCAGGACGCGAAACUUGUGUUGCCAAUGUAGGCCAGAUGAAUAAAGCAGAUCUCCAAGUGGUGGUGUUUUUCAAAUGACCCAAAUCCUCUUCAUAAAAUAAGCUCAUUGAGUAAUUUUUUUAAUUUCUUGCAUGCCUCCCACUACUGUCCUCCCCGGCCGUCCCCUGUAGUCAGUCUUCGUCCGCUGAUUGAGAAGAAGUGCUUCGCCAUCCCCCUCUACCGUUCUGCACUUGAGACGUCCACGAGUGUUACGCCUGCUGCUGCUGCUGCCCCUGGUGAUGGUGGAAUCGCAGAACAACAUGACCCCCAACAGCCACAGGCCCCCACGGAACCCUCCGAGGACGCAGUUAACUCUCUCGUCUCUGCGGUCACUUUCAUUGACAUGAUUGGCCACAGGCUAACGAAGGAUCCGCUGAUUUAUCUGGGCAACAUUCUGUGUCUACCGCACUACCGCAGGCAAUUUUUCGCAAAGACUCAGCAGCAGCAGAUGGGUGCGGACGGUUCUUCAGCAACAGAGGAGUUGACUUCGAGCGCUUCCGACGGCGAGCUCCCGCAGGAAUUAGCCUACAUGUGAGUGUCCUAACACCGGAUUUUUCCGAGAUAUUGUCAUGCUCGCAAUUCCUCGCUAUCUCUCACUACUUUUUUCCGGGCCAAUUCUCCGUUAGCUUUUUUUUAGUUUUCUGCCUACCUUGCCUUUGGACAGCAGGGUUAGGAGCUCGGACCCCUCUUGAAUUUCAUAUGUAGAAGGUGGGGCACCCCGUUACUGAGUGAUCUACAUCUGCCUCCACUCAGUCCUUAAGAAGGAUUUACUCACGUGUCUGUGUGUACAUUUAGUACUCCCACAUUUCGGGCAGGUUAAAAAACGCCGAUCUUACACCGCCGAGCUAAUGGACGUGUCCUCGCCUCCCCCCCCCCGCCCCCCGUAAAACCCGUCUGUCAGUGACAGUUAUUGUUCUCCUGGCAAGAACUUCUCACGUGUUUUUGCGACGACGACGACGACGACAGUUCGACCGUCGAUUUCGACCAUGUCCACCGUGUGCCCCACGACAGAAGGAGAGCAGGGACGGCGACUUUCGCCAGAAUUAGUCUAUAGUGCAGUGAACAUGUGCAGUCUCUAUCUCACUCUAUCCUCCCACUUGGAGGUGGUAGGUGGGGCGUGCGGCUGUUGUGGCCAGAUCCGACCCAAGGCGUGCCGCAACACCCGCCCCGAAUAUCACACAGUGGGAGUGCCAUAGGGGCCACACUAAGGAACCAUUGCAUCCUGAGUCAGUCCAGGCAACAAGGAAAGUGGUGCGACUCGGCUCCCAGUGGAUAGACCUGUCAUAAAGGCCAUGUUAAGUAAAAGACGUUGCAGUCUGACUCCCCGCCCACCAGUUGAAAACUCCACACAGACACACACACUGGGCUGACUGCGAGAUCCUAGCUAUCUCGUCUGUUGGCAAUCUUCCAAGCCACGGCUUUUAGCGCACCAUUAUAGCUUGAAGCACGUCAGAUUAUAGUGAGGAAAGUGCGCCGAGACGUCGACCUCUCUCUCUCUCUCUCUCUCGCCACCCCUAGGCACCAGUCCACUGUCCGAGCCGGUCAGACGUCUGUUGCUGGGAGUGAACGCACGUUUUUCUAUAUACACACACCCACUUGUUUGACUUCCAUGGAAAACUGUUUUUCAGCUUCAAACAGAAACAUUAGACUAUCGUCAGCAUUUGCCGCUUGUGCCUCUACCCCCAGAUGUAUCUUUUUGAAGGCGAAAUUUUCGGAGUUUCCAUCGACCCAACAAAUGUUAAGCGGGCCUGAAAUGCGUUCUGUUCUUUGCGGCGCCGACCAUACCGGAGCCCGGCUUCUAGCAGCUUAGGGACUACAAUCCAACACCUCGUAAAUGUGAUACACUCUGCACGGAGAUCCCCAGCUUUCCAGCGAAUUCUCCGGCCUCUGGAAUAGAAGAUUAUUUCUGUCAGGCUUGUGCUGACAACUGGCAAGGAAGCGUCUUGAUCAACUUUAUGGAGCCCGCUAACAUGAAGUCUCCCUGGUGGCCUUGAGGAGAGCCAUCUGUCGCUUUCAUGCAUGCAGAUAUUGUGGCAACCUUCAAUGAAGCUUAACCAGGCUCUUAGUUUUUCUAAUAAGAAAUUGCGAAACAUGCAGUCGCACUACCGUCCGAUGUGGCUGGGCACCGAUCCACCAACUCUAUUGCCGGUAGAAGCGCCCAAAGCCCUAAGCCUACUAUGAUUUGACUAAUAUUGCCCGAAAGACUUCAUCCGUAGUCUGGCGUCAUCCUGAAAUUAUGAUUCGCACGAGCGCGUGGGACUUUUCAACUCUGAUUCCAGGAAUUCAUCUGACCGUCAAGUGGCCCCAUCCAACCGCUCUCGGGGGAUCUACGAUUUAGCGGAAGUUUUGGACGGUCGGAAGGUUUUGUUUCUAUGCUCAGGCUUCCCAAAGACUUGGUGCCAAACAACGACGUUAUCGGCCAGAGCUGGGCACAUUCGAUUGGCUGGUCGAAAAUACGACGACCCGUGCUUCGGAUCCGGAUCGAAACCCGCUCCAUCUGACGGGGUUGCCGAAUAUUUACUUCUUGCUCUCACGACACGUCUAUUCCGGAUACGUAGACGUGUCAUCUAUGCUACUAGACUGCUUCUUAUUCCUCGUGGGUGGUACCUAAAAAAUAAUUAUGCGCUGUUCGUCGCUUAAGAAGUAGGUCGUUACCGAUUGCUUACAGGCAUGCCCAUCUAUUUCGCCCGUUACGCUUGCACGAUAAAUUGGCCCUCUCUCCUCACACACGUUCACCCUACCCACCCACCUACCUAUCCGCGCUCUCGCUAGGUCUUCAUGCCGUAAAGUUCGGCUUUUUACCCAUAAUUUCAUAUUUUUUGUAUUUUCUUUCGCUCGUUUGCCGUCGAUAUUGGAAUUAGCCUGCGGUUUAACGGUAUCUGUCGGGAGCAUGAAUUCAAUGCGAAAGUGUUAGCCGUGGGCAUGGUAAUUUUCCAUCAGGCCGUUAUGAUUUAUGUCAGAAUAUACUUACUACUUGUUGCGUUUUAGUAACAGUUAUUUUAAAGCUGCCAACCCAGUCAAUAAUCGACACUGCCUCUUCACUGCUUCUCCAUGCUCUCUAGGUUGGACUGGACCGCUCUGAAAAUGUCUCGAAACAUACUUGUGCCUGACUGCAUCCUUUACGACUUGUUCGAGCAGGUCACUCUAGCGCUGGCAGAGGAGAGUCGAAGUGUCAGCCAGGCUGCGGUUGGCAACAGACCACCCAUCUCCGAGAGCAGCUCUGUGCUGCCUAUAUUCACUGGCCGUGAGGAGAUGAAUCGAGUCGUCUUACUGAGCCUUGUACAAGCCAUUUUGGCCUACGGUGAGCGUUUCUUUUCGAAUUCCCUGUAAUAAACUCCCCAGGAUUAUCGGUGCUUUGAUGCAUGGCUAGCAGGCCACAAACAACGGCUCUAACUGAACUCUCUUAUUUCUUCUUUUUUUUGCUCUCACUUUAAGAUCUCAUUGAGGUCAACGGUAUACGACUGAUUCUGGAACUGCAGCUGGGUGUCUCGAGACAGUCACCGCGUUUGAUGGAUCCCAAGUUGCCGCCAAUCAUCAACCGCCGUCUGCUAACUCUUGACUUUGAUUUCCGUCCUGUCGCUGCCGCUGCUGCUGCCGCUGCCGCGAGCGAAAGCAGUGCCUUCUUUGCGGGAUCCAGCGCCGCUGGUACUGCCAGCGGGUUAAGAUCCACGGAAGAUCAGACCUUCACUGGUCCCGAUUUCAAUGGGGCUACCGCCACUGCUGAUUGCUCCACCUCGCAGCUCGUCAAUACUGUCCUUGAAGAGUACAGAUCCCGGGUCGUCCAAGGUCACUGCUUUCUGUCCAUCUAUCUUCUCGAUUUUUAUUUUCGGAGCUUCACAAUCACGCGAAUUUUUGGGCGUCAUUCUUACCUGACAUCUCCCUGUCUGUUAGUCAUGCAAUUCUGGGUGCCAUCCUGCUCAUUAUGUGCUUUCGUAUGUCCGGAUAUAUGAAUUCCACUCUUUGAAAUUAUGAGCCUAGCCACAUUGCUCGAUGUAGAGAUAUGCACUCUGCGGAUGUCUUCAGAUAUCGGUGUGAAAGCAGGGUUGAGGAAAUUGAGUUUAUUGUUCUCUUUUUCCCUGUCCGAUUCUUGAGUCAGUCCUCGGUGGUUUGGGGACAGCUUACAUGUGGAUAAGAACCAAUCAACUCCACACCGUGUCAUCGCGAAUGCUCCGGCUGAUAGUUCUCCCGUCUUGGGCGGUGAGACCCAUCACUAUCCUGUCAAGGUCGCAGUGGUGACUCACGUGCACUAAUGGGUUUUCGCGAGGAGGCUAGGGACAGCCUCGACUUCAGUCACUCUUUUCCCUCCCACAGGUACCAGUUAGGUCACUUGGAGGUGAGCUUGAGCGCACUGGUUCACAUGAUGUGUAGCCGCAGCCCAGUGUCCGCUAAAUACUGCUCCCGAUCUCACAUGCGUCAAAGGUGCCAUAGACGACGCAUUGGGCAGAAUCCACGACACCCUGACCGUCAUUCUCGAGGGACGAUUUACCCUCGUUUUUAACGCAUCAGAUUGAUUAUGAUGAGGAGUGCACUGAGUUAUCGCAAGGAGGGCACCUCGCGGUGGGCUGUUCAAGCCCAUCAGCUGACCGGCGAUGAGGCUGAGUGCGGCAGCUGA